AUGCUGUCAACUCACAACCCAACCUCGAGCAUCCAACGACGACGUCAACUACACAGAAGACAGAACUCGCUCGAGGUCCCGAUGAUCAACACACACAUGUCUGCCUCGUCAAGGCAACGUCCAUCUGGCCACCGCCGUGGACUGAGCAUCGACCAGGGCAUGACUCUCCUAUCACGACAGGAGGUAAGUAUGCCAACUAACCCACAACGACCAUCAUCACAGCAUUCAGUGCAAGAAACGCAGCAGCACAGACCUUACCAGCCGGGACUAUAUCACAUGGACCCUAACCAGCAGCACUUUUUCAGACCAGCCUUCAUGGAACAGGACAUUGCUUCUGCCGAGCAAGCAAAGCAAGCCAUCCUGAACCUUGAACAACAUAUCCAGACCGUCUACCGCACCUACGGAUAUGUUCCUCAGACACCACUUUCUCAAUCGCAACCUCAAAUGCCCACCACCCCCAUCAUUGUUGCCACACGGCCAACAACUCCUUGCUCCAACUACCAGCAACCCAUGUCUGGCCAUCCUGAGGGUCCCCUCCUCGAUGUUUCGCCCAUGCCAAACUCAGUUGCAGUGUCACCCAUGCACCCCGGAAUGUCGCCCAUGCCAAUCCAGUACGCCAACGUCCCUGUUGUCCAGGUCCAGGAACCCUACCAAGACCAGCAUUCCGUGUACGCAGAGUCCUUCGCUGGUGACUACGCAUGCACACCCUCGUACACAUCGUCAAUGGCCGAUCCCAGCUCGCCCAUGCGCUCUCCUAUGGACGGCAAAUUCAACCCCUUGCCUACUGUGUACGAGGCUCUUUCGCCUGCUGCCAGCCACGCAACUUACGCCCACGAUUCAAUGAUGCUUUCUGGUGAAGCUACCUCCAAUAUGAGCUACUACACAGAUUCCCCUCAGAGGUCGGCAGUUUCUCCUCGUGAGGCUAUGCUGCAGACUCUCGACAUUGACGCUAGCAUCGAGGAUACUGGUAUCUCACCUCAGGACGUCCAACAGUACAUCAGCCCUCAAGACCACUGCGAUGGCAAGUGGACUUGCCUCUUCGAUGGAUGCGGCAAGAAGUUUGGCCGUAAAGAGAACAUCCGUGCUCAUGUCCAGACCCAUCUUGGUGAUCGCCAAUUCAAGUGCAACCACUGCGGCAAGUGCUUUGUCAGACAGCACGAUCUGAAGCGUCAUGCAAAGAUCCACAGUGGUGACAAGCCUCACAAGUGCCCUUGCGGUAAUGGCUUUGCCAGACAAGAUGCUCUCACACGCCACCGCCAACGUGGAGUCUGCGACGGCGCUCUCCCCGGUUUCGAGCGUUCCCAAGUCAGACGUGGUCGUCCUCGCAAGAACCAUUACGAAAUCUCUGAGCGUCUCGAGAGAGCAGCUCACCAAAGGGAGAUCAACUCGCGCAGAAACUCAGAGUUCACUGCAUACGCAAGCUCUUCUGCCAGCGAGGCUAGCUAUCCCAACACCCCUGCAGCUAAUGUCAACGACGACUUUGAUGAUGAGGAUUUCGCCAACUACCAGCAGCAAGACGGCAAGUACUCUGUCGAAGAGCUGUCCCGCUACACACCUCCUACGUCGCCUUUCUCAACUGGCAAUGCCUCGCCGAAGAAGGAGUACAAGUACACUGCAGCUGAUCUCAGCUCUUUGCCUACUACACAUGUCAUGGUUGCCCCUUCAUCUCCGCCCCAGCUCCCUCACAGUCCUCCACCAAGCUCACAAUGCCCGAGUCAACCCUUCGGUUCCAGCGACAACACAUUCAGCUUCCCCUCUGUCGACUGCAAACCCAUCAUCAUCGAGGAGAACGAGUGUUUGUCGCCUGCAGCAACCUCAUCAACCCACAGUGUCGAUGAGAAGGACGACUUCUCACCAAACGCAACUCACGCUGUCGAGAGCGCAUUCAUGGGCUCGGAAGACAUGCUCGAGUUCAAUCCUAGCAUGUAUGGCGGUCCUGGCGACUCGCUGUUCAACGCUAGCUUGGACGCAUGGCUCGAGAGUCAUUGA